AUGACACAGCAUGCUUCAUUCUCCGUGAUGAUGAAUGAAGAGGAGGAUGACAAGGAAUUGAAUGAUGAUGACUCUUUUCAAAGUUCCAUUGGAAGUCCUCUUCCUCCUCCUUCUUCGGAAAGAGAUUCAAUUGAACUUCAAUAUCCCAAUGUCUCUGCAUUGGUCAAACAAUGGAUCACCUCUGAUCGUCGUCAUGCAAAAGAAUCACUUGUCAAUGAUGAUCGUGAAGAGAUGCUCUUUUCCUUGAUCCGUCAACGACUCGAUGAUAAUUCCAAAUAUGACAUUUUAGAGUUUAUUCCAACUUAUUCUCGAUGGUCUUUGUUCAAUAAUGAACAUGAUGAAAAUUAUUAUGCCCACUAUCUUCGAACCAUCAAAUAUCAUGAUCUCGAAGAAUUUUACAAACUAAAGAAUUGUCAUUAUUUUCAUUGA